UAUCGACCACGUACAGUAAAUACGAGUGUUUAAACUUCGCAACGUCAAGUUGAGCAAUACCGCAAACAAAUAUAUAUACCGAUCAGAUGUCAGUGUUUUUUAAUAUUAAUAUUAGAAAAAUCGUUGGUAUAGGAUCGAACAAGAGUCAAGCCUUUACUUAUUUAUAUUAAGAAAAUAACCAUGACUACCAAAACUGAAAAUGGAACAUACGACAAUAGGCUAUUGGAAAAUGACCUGUUAUUCAAGCUUCUGAUUAUCGGUGACUCGGGUGUGGGCAAGUCCAACCUCCUGCUAAGAUACGCCGAUGAUACGUUCACGGAACAUCACAUCAGCACGAUCGGAGUGGACUUUAAAAUCAGAACAUUAGACAUGGAUGGGAAAAUCAUAAAACUCAAUAUGUGGGACACUGCGGGCCAAGAGCGCUUCAACACGAUCACCAAGGCCUUCUACAGGGGUACCCAUGGAGUUAUCAUCGUAUUCGACCUCACUGACAUGGAGACGUUCCAGAACGUGGCGCGCUGGAUGAAGGACGUGGACCAAUAUGGCGGAAGUCACGUGGUGAAACUCCUCGUGGGCAACAAGUCGGAUCUCAAGGAUAAGCGCGUGGUCACCUUCGAGAUGGGAAAAGGUCUGGCAGACCGGCUUUGCGCCCCGUAUCUAGAGACAAGCGCUCGUACCUCGACCAACGUGGAACAGGCAUUCCUUACUAUGACGGCUGAUAUGAAGCAGGCGUUUGACAAGGGCGGCUUCACCAGGAGGACUGAUCCUGUAAAACUCUCGGAUGGGAAACCGAUGUCCACCGGGACAUUUUGGGAGUGCAGCUGCUGAGUCGGAGAUCACCGUUAGGUUUCUCCGCCAAUACAUGGCUAUAUGGAUGCAUGUCAAAUGAUAACGUUGGAAAGUAAUUUGACAACAGUUUAUGUUAAUAAUAACAACCCGUCAAUGGCUGGAUCUAAAAUGUGUUUUGUUACCUUGCGUUGGAAAAGAAGGCAUUAGAAAACUGUUAUUAAUGGAAAUCGAUUGAACUAUCUGGAAUGGGACGUAUGUGCAAUCUGAUUAUCUUUGGCGUUUACCCUCUGCCAUUAAACAGGGCUUAUGUUUAAACUUUUGGCUACUGAGCUUAAUUGUUUCUGUACUUUUUCAUAAAAAAAUAAUAUGUGAUAUGACUUACAGAUAUAAAUCUAUUUAUUACUUAUACCAAAACGUAAGUAUGUGCGGCUCAAAAUGUAGAUAUAAAAAUGCUCUGCUAAGAUUUUAAUGUGAGAUGUACAACAAGUAAUAGCGAGACCCACUUUGUGUGAAUGACGGUCUGCAUUAAAAGCUUGGUAAUAAUAAAUCAGUGAUUGUAUCAACGCCACAGACCCGACACGCCUCUAUACAACAUACUGAUGCAUCGGUGCAAUGUUCAAUUGAAUUGGCACGAAAUGCACGAGUGAAUGACGUCAUGGAAUGGACAGAUCUUGGGGCAGAAUGAUUUGCCUUGAAUCAAGAAGACCAGGACCGACACAUAUGUUAUUAGUUGUUUAUUAAUUAAUUUCGUUAUAAUAUAUUGUUAUACUGUCGUAUACCCUUUGCUGGUAAUAAAUAUGUUUUAACACUGA